ACUAGCGGCGUUUUCGUAAACUGUUCGUUUUUUUAGUUUCUGUGCUGAAACCUAUAUUUCUGGAAUUAUAGUUUAAUUGACUCUUUCAACAUCAUUUUGAAUCAUAUGGAUGUGAUGCUAUAUCGUAGCAUCCUUUUAAUUUGAUUGAUUACAUGUACAAUAAUACUCAAGGGUACCACCACCGUCUUCUUUUGAAAAUACAAUGUAUAAGUAGUUAUUUCUUUUCUCCAGGAUUUUCCAUCACGAUUGGUUCUUUCUGAUAUUUUUAGAAAAAAAAAACACUUUUGAGAUCGUUAUACGUAAAAAUACUUUUGUGACAUAUCGACACAUAUAUGUACAUACUUGUGUAUGCUGAAACCCUACCAAGUGUGUGGAUUUUGUCAUUUAUUCCACUUCGAAUCAAUGUAUUGGGCCCGGUGAGCUAUGUACAUACAUAUUGACCUUAUAGAGUCUGUGGAAGAUACAUCAAAAGCCUGACCGUAUUCCAAGUUGUUAUGAGUUCUUUUAGAUAUUAGCAGUGGUCAACAUUCGAAACACCAUUCGCACUAAAUUUCCUGCUGUGUCUUGCGUCAUCGACAACAUACGAUACUUUCAGUCUUCAGUAACAAGUGUAGGAGGUCUGUCGACCUAUAUCAAUCAUUGCAACUCGUAACACUGUCUCGUUCUGAAUAAAGCAACAGAAGGUGCUGAUAUCAUGUGUUUUGGUGGAGAAUUCCAGUACUUCGCUACUCGGCAAGAGAAACGAAACUUUAGCGUAGACUACUUGGUCUCUGUUUUCGAACUUUCUUAGAAUGCCCUCUCAAAUAAUCAGUCCUAGACGGAAAGACAAGAAUAGACAUAAUAAUAUCAAUGUUGUUGUUCAGCAUACGAUAAACCAAUAUUGGUUAACCCCAUAAUCUGCGGUAAGAUAAUUGAAAUAGGUUGAGGUGUCGCAAUCUGUCUUCAUAAGAUAGGCCAGAGAGACCUUUUACCAUUUUUAGUCCUUCGUCGUUGGACUCGUUCCAACAUAUCCGUCUCAUAUUUGAAACAAGGACUCACUGCUCGAAUCCUAUAUUCCAAAUGCAGGCUCACGAAAGUCGGGUAUAAUACUUUAAACAUUCCUUCGUCCAAUUGCUGAAAGACCUAAGAAUAACCUAUAAUAUUUUGAAGCCUUCGGCAGCAGCAGCCUUGCAGUUGUUCAUAGUUUCGAGGUCGCUGCUUAUUAUGGCUUCUAAAUCUUUAUAGUCCAUUACUUUAAGUAACACAACUACACGUAUUGCAUAGUGAUACGAGUCAUCCUAGGCUUUCAUCGUAAGGUUUUCUUUAUCCUAGUAAUUUGUUCUUAGUUAGUGUUCAUAGAAAGUAAACCUAUUUGCUUUAUUCAUCCAUAGUUUUUUUGUUUUUAUGUUUUCUUGCAUUUGUUAAUAUUACAUAUUUUGUACUCCAAAGUGUAAAAGCAUUGCUUUUUUUUCUAAAUAUAUGUGCCAUUUCAUACCGUUUAAUCUUUCUUCGUUUUGAUGUGUUAAUUAUUAUUAUUGUCUGAACAAUAGUCUUAAAUCUGUUGGAGAGAGGUUCUAGUAAACAAAGAUUAUUUUUUUACAUACAUUAAGCUUCAUUGGUUAUAACUUAUCACCUGGAUUCGUAUCCCGGUAAAAUAUAGUCUGAAUCUAUUGACGGAUUAUUUCUAUUGCCACACUCUAAAAUUACUGUCACGAGUUGAGAGUUGUGAAGUUUUUCGAUAAGUGUACAACAGAUCUUUUGUACUUCAAAUUAUCAUGUGUUAUCAGUCUGGUUUUAAUGUAAUUUUGACAUAAUAAUGGACCAUGUUCUAACGUGAACAAACCAAUUUUCAACUCAUUGAUCCAGUUAAAAAAUAAGGGUUGCAGACUCAAAAGCUUAAAUUGGUAAAAAAAACUGUAUGUCUUGCCUAGAACAUAUAAACUGUAAAUUUUUCUACUAAAAUUACCAAUAUCUUUACUUUCAGGUUAUGUCUUUGGGUAAUGAAUGGCAUCCGUUGGUGACACACAGAUCCGAAAACAAUUACGGGCUUGCAGGCGCCGUCAGAGACGUUAUCUAAGUUUGAAAAGUUCUAAAUCUUCCAACAAAAGAAAUUCUAGUCUUGAAAGCUCUGACACAAACUCGGAGAAAGUAUACAUUGUUCAGAGUAUUCUCGAUGAAAGAAUUAUUAAAGGACAGAAAUACUACAAAGUGCGUUGGGAGGGAUUUCCACCCGAAGCAGAUAGUUGGGAACCAGAAAAAAAUCUCACUAAUGUAUUAGAUAUAAUUUCCGAGUUCCAUAGUGGCUCAAAAAGUAGAAUUUCAAAGAACUUAGAUAUACAUAAAAAUUGCCACACAGUUUUCGAAAACUCUCCAGCUUCCGUCCCAACGCCUCCUGCUACACCAUGUUCAGUACUUCAAAACUCACAUAAUCCCUUGAGAGGCUCUAGUGAAGAGCGACAGUUGAAUAAAUCCAUGAAACGUAAGCAUUUUACGAAGUCACGCACUGGCGGGAGAUAUGAAUAUGUUCCAAAACAUCAGUUAGUUGCUUCAAAGACGAAAUAUUUCGACGAUAUUCGAGAUGGAAAAAUCGACCUGUGUUCGAAUGAUCUUUAUUCACGUGUUAAAACCCGCAAGCGCUGCGCUGCUGAGUCUGCUAGCAACUCCGUAAGCAAUGAAUCUACUCAGAGUCGAAACGGCAGCCUUCAAGGGGAGAUAGAAUUAGAAUGUGAUACCUCUAUGGAGCAUUUUUCAACAUGUUCUCCGAAACGUGACCCAGUAUCACCAUCAUUUUCAUGUUUCGGUACAAACGAAUCCCUUCGAGACUUCAGCUGCACACUUCAUAAUGAUGAGCAGAGCCAGCCCAUGUUUUCUGCAGGAGGUUCUGAAGAUUAUCAUCCUGAAAUAACGAAAAGUCUAGUUACCACAAAUGUUUCUCCACCGCAUCAGUCAGAUAUUUCGAAGUUUGAUAGUAAGGCUGUUCAGUCAGAAUUCCAUCCAAAUUCUUCAAAAGGGAUAUCUUGUAACCUUUAUCUCUGUGAUUCCAUAUCCAAAGUAGAUAUUGGGUUGUCUCCAAUAUCUUCACAUCCAUUAGAUAAUAAACCACUCGGGGCGUUUGAGAGAAAAAGUACCUCUUAUUUUAAUGUUGUGGAACAACCAGGAAAUUCCCACAACCUGUAUGAUAAACUAUAUGAACGGAGCGUUUCAUCACUACGCACACUUGUAAAUAUUUAUUUUAAUUUAAUUCUAUCUCAUAUUUCAAAUGAAGAUGAAAUAACCCAUAGUGAACAGCCAACCGACUUUCAUCAUGAGCUUAGAUGUCUACCGCACUUAUGUGUCUAUAAUCACUUAACCUCCAUUCAGACACCCGGUGAAUUCCUAAAUGCUAUCAAUAACCAAAGAUGGAGUCUUAUCGCCACUAUGCCCUCGAAAAACUUGUUUUCAGAAAGCUCUCAAGCUCAAAAAAGCAGUACUUAUUCGUUGUCACCAGAAAGGACGCCUGAAUCUCGCAAAAGUGAUGACAAACCGGAUUUAGAGGAAGAUAUUCGUUUCAAAGAGGAUGCGUUAUUGGCAUGUAUCACUGGGGGCGCAGGUAGACCCUUAGUUUUAGACCGACUGCUUACUUCUGGAUUGGAUCCUAAUAAGGUUAUUGAACCCAAUUCUAAAUGGCCAUUAUUAGCUUUAGCGGUUUGUUUGGGUCGUUUACAUGCUGCUCAAGCAUUACUUGAUGCAGGUGCUAAGCCUAAUUGUGUUGAACCCAACCGUCGACAACGAUCAGCUCUUGGUUUAGCGAUAGCAGCAGGAGAUGUUGAUAUGGCUAACAUGCUUAUUUUGUCUGGAGCGAACUUUUACGAGGUAGAACCCGGGACAACUGCCCUUAAUCUGAUCAUGAAGUUAUUAAAUGCCCAUUUGUCUUCACAACAAAAUCCAAAAAUUAACUAUCGUCAAAUAAAUAAGUCAUAUCUUGCUCUUGCAGAACUUCAAGAUAAACUACACAGUAUGGAUAGUCAAUUUCCUCCCGUUCCUUCACCUUCUCCACCUAAUGGACUCAAUGUCCCAAGCUUACCUAAAUCCCACAUUUUUAAUGCACUUAUAAGUUCAAGCAUGGGAAAUCACUACGACUCUUCUCAGUUAAAUAAUAUGGAUAGCAACAUUUCUAAAUCCAGUAAUGCUUUACCGUCUGUAGACAGUUUACGCAGACUUCAUGAACUUAUUGUGGCGCACCAUGCCCGUUUAUCAGUGAGUGUCACUAAUUUAGUACGAACGUGGCUUACUCGGGCUGAUCUUGUCCAAGUUGGAUUAGUGUCACCUUGUCAGUGGAUAAGCGUACGUCAGUGUUCUGCUUCAGUAAAAUUUUCUUGGCCAAAUGAAUUAAGCAAUCCAAAGUUACAACCAAGUCGUGUAGUUGCACCCAUCUUGAUUUUAGUUCAUGGUCGAAUAGCACCUCCUGCUUGUUACGAUGUUUGGAUGGAUGAUGAUGGGCCUUGUGUUAUAGAACGCGUUUGUCUUGAUCAAACAUAUAACCAGAGGGCAUUAAAUCGAAUGCUGUUUGUAACUACGUUAUAUCCACUUGAUUGGAAUUCAUCAAAACCUCAAGAACAUGAAGUAUCAAUCGACUUCAAACCAGACAGUAUUUCAUCCAUUCAUUCUACACGUCCGACAUGUGUUGCAAUUAUGAUUAUCGCUGCUGCCCUAUCCCAAUCCAAUAAUAAGGAAAAAGUAUCACAACAGAAUGGAAACGUGAAUGCUAUUCAAUCUUCACGUUCAUCUAUAACUAACAGUCAACUGACUUAGAAGUAAUCAAAAUUCAUUUGUAUAUGCACCACGUUUAAUUAAUUUAGCCUAUUUCCUUUUUCUUCUCAAAAAAUACUCUCAGCGAAACUAGUCAAAUAUAUAUUUUUAUUAUUAUUUCACUCUGAUUGUUUGAUAAAUUUAACAGAAACUAAUUUUGAUUGACUGUUUAUACCAUAUACCUAUGUGCUUUCCUAUAUAUUUGCUCGUAGACAUCAUUUUAUUUACCGUAUACAUUGUAUCAAUAGGAAAUCAUCAGAUAUAUGUUACUUAUACACUGCUAGUAAUACAACAUUCUCCAAUUGUCAAAUGUUUUGUGCUUACCUAUGAAAAUAAGUAUACUUGUAUGCGUAUGUCAAUACUGUGAUCUAUACUGAGAUAUAUGUUCUUUUUCUUUCUGUUUACUUCAUUUAAUUUAGUUAUUUCAUGGAACUACUGGUUUUCUUACUGUUUCCUAUUGAUAUACUCAAUCAGUUUAUGCUUUGUUUAAUAUAUAUGUCAGAUUUUGAAGCCACUACCUUUCCCAGAGUUUCUCCCGAAUAUAAACUGACCCCACUUUUUCUCCUGAACUCAAACCUGUUUUUUUUUUGUUUUCAUUUCAAAAAUACUCACAUACACACCUUAAGAAUAAAGGAAUCUUUUAAAGUAGUCUUAUGUGGGUUUGUUCAUUAAGUGAAAAAAAUUAGUGGACAUAAAUUUUAAUAUUCUAGGUAAUCCGUUUACAUAAUAUUUUUGUUUUUGCAUGAAUCAAUUCAACUACUUGAUAUUCUAUUCUGUUACUUACAAAAGUUGUUAUUGUUAUCUUUGUUACUAGAAAUUAUUUCUCGGUU